GGCCAGGGAGCGGGGCGCUGGUCCCCAGAGGCUGCGGAGCGCCAGGGCUGCAGAGUACAGGUCCUCCCCAAACCCCCAGGCCUUCAGGUCCCCGAGGCCAGGCCCCUGCGCGGAGAUGUGAGAUGUGGAAUCUUCUGCACGACUCCGCGGGGGUCCCCGGGCGCCGCCAGCGCUGGCUGUGCGCCGGGGCGCUGGGGCUGGCCUCCAGCCUCUUCUUCGUGGGCUUCCUCUUAGGGUGGUUUACAAAAUCUUCCAAUGAAGCUAUGCACUUUGCUCCCCAGCCUCAUAUGAAGAAGGCAUUCUUGGAUGAACUGAAAGCUGAGAACAUCAAGCAGUUUUUAUAUAAUUUCACACGGAUACCACAUUUAGCAGGAACAGAGCACAAUUUUGAGCUUGCUAAGCAAAUUCAGUCCCAGUGGAAAGAAUUUGGCCUGGAUUCGGUUGAGUUAGUCCACUAUGAUGUCCUGUUGUCCUAUCCCAAUAACACCCAUCCCAACUACAUCUCAGUAAUUGAUGAAGAUGGAAAUGAGAUUUUCAACACAUCAUUAUUUGAACCUCCACCUCCAGGAUAUGAGAAUGUUUCAGAUGUUGUUCCCCCUUUCAGUGCCUACUCUCCUCAAGGACUGCCCGAGGGGGAUCUAGUGUACGUUAACUAUGCACGGACUGAAGAUUUCUUUAAGCUGGAGCGGGACAUGAAAAUCAAUUGCUCUGGGAAGAUUAUGAUUGCAAGAUAUGGGAAAAUAUUCAGAGGAAAUAAGGUUAGAAAUGCUCAGCUGGCUGGAGCAAAAGGAGUCAUUUUGUUCUCAGACCCUGCUGACUACUUUGUUCCUGGCGUGAAGCCCUACCCAGAUGGCUGGAAUCUUCCUGGAGGGGGUGCCCAGCGGGGAAAUGUCUUAAAUCUUAAUGGUGCAGGGGACCCUCUUACACCAGGUUACCCAGCAAAUGAAUAUGCAUACAGGGGAGGACUUGCAGAGGCUGUUGGUCUCCCCAGCAUUCCUGUUCAUCCCAUUGGCUAUGACGAUGCCCAGAAACUCCUUGAACACAUGGGCGGAUCAGCACCACCAGAGAGCAACUGGAAAGGAGGUCUCCACGUGCCCUACAAUGUGGGGCCUGGCUUUGUUGGAAACUUUUCUACACAAAAAGUUAAGAUGCACAUCCAUUCCAACAAUAAAGUGACAAGAAUUUAUAAUGUGAUUGGCACCCUCAGAGGAGCAGUGGAACCAGACAGAUAUGUCAUUCUUGGAGGUCACCGAGAUGCGUGGGUAUUUGGUGGCAUUGACCCUCAGAGUGGAGCAGCUGUUGUUCAUGAAAUUGUGAGGAGCUUUGGAACACUGAAAAAUGAAGGAUGGAGGCCUAGAAGAACAAUUUUGUUUGCCAGCUGGGAUGCAGAAGAAUUUGGUCUCCUUGGUUCUACUGAGUGGGCAGAGGAAAAUUCCAGACUACUUCAAGAGCGUGGUGUUGCCUAUAUUAAUGCUGAUUCUUCUAUAGAAGGCAACUACACUCUAAGAGUUGAUUGUACACCACUGAUGUUCAGCCUGGUAUAUAAUCUAACAAAAGAGCUGCAAAGCCCUGAUGAAGGCUUUGAGGGCAGAUCUCUUUAUGAGAGCUGGAGGGAAAAGAGUCCUUCACCUGAGUUCACUGGCAUUCCCAGGAUCAGCAAACUGGGGUCUGGUAAUGAUUUUGAGGUGUUUUUCCAAAGACUUGGAAUUGCUUCUGGCAGAGCACGGUAUACUAAAAACUGGGAAACAAACAAAGUCAGCAGCUAUCCACUGUAUCACAGUGUCUAUGAAACAUAUGAGUUGGUGGAAAAGUUUUAUGAUCCUACAUUUAAGUAUCACCUCACAGUAGCCCAGGUUCGAGGAGGAAUGGUGUUUGAACUGGCCAGUUCCUUAGUGCUCCCUUUUGACUGCCAAUAUUAUGCUGCCGCUUUAAAAAAGUAUGCUGACAAAAUCUACAAUAUUUCAAUGAAAUAUCCUCAGGAGAUGAAAAAAUACACUGUAUCUUUUGAUCCACUGUUUUCUGCAAUAAGUAAUUUUACAGAAAUUGCAUCUAACUUCAGCAAGAGACUUCAAGGCUUGGACAAAAGCAACCCAAUAUUAUUGAGAAUUAUAAAUGAUCAGCUGAUGUAUCUGGAACGAGCAUUCAUUGAUCCUUUAGGGUUACCAGGCAGGCCUUUCUACAGGCAUGUCAUUUAUGCUCCAAGUAGCCACAACAAGUAUGCCGGGGAGUCGUUCCCAGGAAUUUAUGAUGCUCUGUUCGAUAUCGAAAGCAAAGCAGACCCUUCCAAGGCCUGGGGAGAAGUGAAAAGACAGAUAGCAAUUGCAGCCUUCACUGUACAAGCGGCAGCAGGAACUCUGAGAGAAGUAGCCUAAGGAUUCUGCAGAGAGCAAGCAUUGAGUUGGUGUGAAUGGUUUUCCAAAGAGUGAUGUUACAGGAGCUGCAACCUGGACAAAAGUUUACUUUUCAUAGAAUUUAUGCCUCUUUCGAGAUCAUUUCUGAAAACAAACAGGCUCAUUUCCCUUCUCACCGAAGUAGAAGUCCAAUUAGAAGAAAGGGGAUGAGGAGGAGAAAGAGGAGGAGGAAGAAGAAGAAAACGAGGGUGGAGUGGAGGGAAAACAGGAAGAGGAGAGAGAAAACAAUGAGAGGAGAAGAGAAAGAAGAAAAGAAA